UUUGAAUUAUCUGCAGCUUUUCAGUGCUUUGCACCAGCGCAGCCCCAGGACUUUGAAGGAGGCAAUCAAGCCAGGCACUUGGAGAAUUGUCCGGUGGUUCAGUGCUGAGGGAAUUCUGUGGGAGCAUGGCUGGAGCAGGACACGGAGUGUGGGCACGGAAUGCAGGCAGUGAUGCGGGCUGCUGCUCCCUGCCUGCCUGGCAGCCCCGUGCCCUGGCGCUGUGACCCCGCUGUGCUCCCGCCGUCGCAGGGUGCCAGCAGCCAUGAGGAGGUUCGGCUACUGCCGGGUGGUGCUGGCCACCUCGCUGCUCUGGGUGCUGCUGGACGUGUUCCUGCUGCUCUACUUCAGCGAGUGCAACAAGUGUGAGGACAGCAAGGAGCGCUCCCUGCUGCCCGCCCUGCGCGCCGUUAUUUCCAGGAACCAAGAGGGCCCGGGGGAGAUGGGCAGGGCCGUGCUCAUCCCCAAGGAGGAGCAGGAGAAGAUGAAGGAGCUGUUCAAGAUCAACCAGUUCAACCUGCUGGCCAGCGACCGCAUCGCGCUGAACCGCAGCCUGCCCGACGUGCGGCUGGACGGGUGCAAGAGCAAGGUGUACCCGGAGGAGCUGCCCAACACCAGCGUGGUGAUCGUGUUCCACAACGAGGCGUGGAGCACGCUGCUCAGGACCAUCCACAGCGUGCUGGAGCGCUCCCCGCCGCGCCUGCUGGCCGAGAUCCUGCUGGUGGAUGAUGCCAGCGAGAGAGAGUUUUUGAAGGCCUCCCUGGAGAACUACGUGAAGAAGCUGGAGGUGCCCGUGAGGAUCCUGCGGAUGGAGCAGAGGUCGGGGCUGAUCCGGGCCCGGCUCCGAGGGGCAGCAGCUGCCAAGGGCCAGGUGAUCACGUUCCUGGAUGCCCACUGUGAGUGCACCCUGGGCUGGCUGGAGCCCCUGCUGGCCAGGAUCAAGGAGGACAGGAAAACCGUGGUGUGCCCCAUCAUCGACGUGAUCAGCGACGACACCUUCGAGUACAUGGCGGGCUCGGACAUGACCUACGGGGGCUUCAACUGGAAGCUGAAUUUCCGCUGGUACCCCGUGCCCCAGAGGGAGAUGGACCGCAGGAAAGGGGACAGGACCCUGCCCGUCAGGACCCCAACUAUGGCUGGUGGCCUGUUUUCUAUUGACAGGAGCUACUUUGAAGAGAUAGGAACUUACGAUGCAGGAAUGGAUAUCUGGGGUGGCGAGAAUCUUGAAAUGUCCUUUAGGAUCUGGCAGUGUGGGGGCUCCCUGGAGAUCGUCACCUGCUCCCACGUGGGACACGUGUUCCGCAAGGCCACCCCCUACACCUUCCCGGGGGGCACCGGCCACGUCAUCAACAAGAACAACCGCAGGCUGGCCGAGGUCUGGAUGGACGAGUUCAAGGAUUUCUUCUACAUCAUCUCCCCGGGCGUGGUGAAGGUGGAUUAUGGAGACGUUUCUGUCAGGAAGGCCCUGCGGGAGAGGCUGGGCUGCAAACCCUUCUCCUGGUACCUGGAGAACGUGUACCCCGACUCGCAGAUCCCGCGGCGCUACUACUCCCUGGGAGAGAUCAGGAAUGUUGAAACCAACCAGUGCUUGGACAACAUGGGCCGCAAGGAGAACGAAAAAGUGGGAUUUUUCAACUGCCAUGGCAUGGGAGGGAACCAGGUGUUCUCCUACACGGCGGACAAGGAGAUCCGCACGGACGACCUGUGCCUGGACGUGUCGCGGCUCAACGGCCCCGUCCUCAUGCUCAAGUGCCACCACCUGAGGGGCAACCAGCUCUGGGAGUACGAUGCUGAGAAGCUCACCCUGAGGCACCUGAACAGCAACCAGUGCCUGGCGGAGCCGUCGGACGAGGACCGGCUGGUGCCCACCGUGCGUGACUGCGGCGGCGGCCGCGCCCAGCAGUGGCUGCUGCGCAACAUGACCCUGCCGGCGUGA